UCACAUGACUGCGGUGUGUCUUCCGCCCUCGGAGGUUGGGGCCGCAUGUGCGGCUCUGAGGGGCCCCGCCGGGGCUGGGGGCGCUGUGCCCCCAGCCCCCUGCUCCUCCUGAGUUUGCUUGCGUCUGCAGCCCCACUUGGCCUGCUGGGGGAGGAGACCCGCCAGGUGUCUCUGGAGGUCAUCCCUCCCGGGCUGGACGCCCCCCAGAACCUCCUGCACAUCCGGGCGGUGGGAACCAACUCCACGCUGCACUACGUGUGGAGCAGCGUGGGGCCUCCGGCAGUGCUGCUCGUGGCCACCGACACCCCCGACAGCACCCUGACUGUCAACUGGAGCCUCCUGCUGUCCCCUGAGCCUGACGGGGGCCUGGUGGUGCUCCCCAAGGACAGCAUCCAGUUCUCUUCUGCCCUUGUCUUUACCAGGGUGAGGAGGUUGGGGGCGAACCAAGGGGGAGCGUGUGCGGAGCAGAGGGUUCAUCCGGAUUCGAGGGAGGGACUGAAGACGGGGUACGGGAAGCAGUCAGGUACGGGGGCCUGCGGGUGGGGGCCCGUGGGUGGGGGUGGUUCCGGGGACAGCUGGACUCAGGCAAGCCCUGCCCCACCUCGCCCCACCCGCCAGCUCUUUGAAUUUGACGGCGCCAACACAUCCGAGGGGGCCGAGCCUCCGGGAGAACCGUAUCCCCCGUAUUCCCUGGCCAAGUUCUCCUGGGACAAUAUCACGGACUCAUUGGAUCCUGCCACCCUGAGCGCCACAUUUCGAGGCCGCCCCACCGACGACCCCACCGGGGCUUUUGCCAAUGGCAGCCUCACCUUCAGGGUGCAGGCCUUCUCUGGAUCCGGCAGACCAGACCAGCCCCCGCGCCUCCUGCAUUCGGCCGACACCUGCCAGCUAGAGGUGGCCCUGGUCGGGGCCUCUCCCCGGGGAAACCGCUCCCUGUUUGGGCUGGAGGUAGCCACCCUGGGCCAGGGCCCCGACUGCCCCUUGAUGCAGGAGCAACAUUCCAUCGACGAUGAAUAUGCACCUGCUGUCUUCCAGGUGAACCAGCUGCUGUGGGGCUCCCUCCCAUCCGGCUUCGUGCAGUGGCGACCAGUGGCUUUCUCCCAGAGGCAGAGGGGCCGGGAAUCAGCCCUGCCCUGCCAAGCUUCCCCUCUUCACCCCUCCUUGGCAUACCUCCCCCAGUCACCCAUAGUCAGAGCCUUCUUUGAGUCCCACAAUAACUUCUGUGCCUUCAAUUUGACAUUUGGGGCUUCCACAGGCCCUGGCUACUGGGACGCACACUACCUCAGUUGGUCGACGCUCCUGGGUGUGGGCACCCCUCCGUUGGACACCUUGUCCCCACUAGUCCUAGGCAUCAUGGCGGUGGCCCUGGGUGCCCCGGGGCUCAUGCUGCUGGCUGGAGGCGUGUUUCUGCUGCUGGGCCACAGGCAGUGCUCAGAAUACCAGCCCAUAAACUGAGGCCCGCUCUCUGGAGGGCUGGACGUUGGUCCCCGGACUUGCCCUGCUGGUCUGCCAGACGGGGGGUCAGCUGCUCCCUUCUCCCACCUGGCUUUUCUGCAGAACAUCAGGGACGCCUCCACCUUUCUGGAGAACCCCCAGAUGGGGCUGUCCUCAUACUCUGGGGAGGGCCAGAGGCAGGGCGAUGGCUGGAGGGAGGGUCCCUUGGCGAUGCCUUACUGCCCCUCUUACCCCAUUUCCCUUAAAUGGGACUCACAGGCCUAAAUGAGAGGCCUUCUGACUGACUGGCUGCCCUGGAGGGCACGAAAUAGACUCAUUUUCUGCCCUGGG